UUGACGUUUCCGCAUUGUUUUGGUUGCAAUUGGAAGGAAAGGAGCUUCUCUUUCCUUGUGAAAUCUCUUGAAAUCUCGUGAAUUCCGAUUAUCAAAGACUGCAGCAAUCAUGGCGAUGUCCAAGACGACCAACACGUACAACCGGCAGAACUGGGAGGACUCGGAGUUUCCCAUUCUCUGCCAGACGUGCCUGGGCGACAAUCCUUACGUGCGGAUGAUCAAGGAGCGCUACGGCAAGGAGUGUAAGAUCUGCAACCGGCCCUUCACCAUCUUCCGCUGGUGCCCGGGCGCGCGGAUGCGCUUCAAGAAGACGGAGAUCUGCCAGACGUGCAGCAAGCUGAAGAACGUGUGCCAGACGUGCCUGCUGGACCUGGAGUACGGCCUGCCUACGCAGGUGCGCGACGCGGCGCUGAAGAUCCAGGACGACCUGCCGCAGAGCGACGUGAACAAGGAGUACUACAUCCAGAACAUCGACAACCAGCUCAAGAGCACCGACGGCACGGCCGCGGCGGGCGCCGUGGGAAAGUCGCUGGCCGCCAGCGAUAUGCUGGCCAAGCUGGCCAGGACGUCGCCGUACUACAAGCGCAACCGGCCGCACAUCUGCUCCUUCUGGGUCAAAGGCGAGUGCAAGCGCGGCGAGGAGUGUCCUUAUCGCCACGACAAGCCCAACGAGCCCGACGAUCCGCUCUCGGAGCAGAACAUCAAGGACAGAUACUACGGCGUGAACGAUCCCGUGGCGGACAAGAUCAUGAAGCGCGCCGCGAGUCUGCCGACGCUAGAGCCGCCGGAGGACAAGAGCAUCACGACGCUGUACGUGGGCAACAUCGGCGAGCACAUCACGGAGACGGACAUCAAGGACCACUUCUACCACUACGGCGAGAUCCGCACGAUCACGGUGCUGCCGCGGCAGCAGUGCGCCUUCGUGCAGUACACGAAGCGCUCGGCGGCCGAGCUGGCGGCCGACAAGACGUUCAACAAGCUGGUGCUGGGCGGCCGCCGGCUCACCAUCAAGUGGGCGCACUCGCAGGCCAAGCAGUACGUGCCGUCGAUGCCGCGCCUGCAGCGCAACUACGAGCCCGUGCCCGGCCUGCCGUCCACGCUGCCGCUGCCGCCCAAUCCCAACGACUACUUCAACCUGCAGGUGGCCGACAUGACCGUGCUGCCCGCCGGCAUGAAGCUGCACCAGCUGCCGCCCGGCAUGAUCCCCGGCGCGCCGCUGCCGCCCAUGUACAGCUCCGGCGCCGCCUUCCAGCCCGUGCACGUGCCCGCCGCCACCGCCGUCGCCGCGCCCAUGCUGGAGCACCACGUGGACGCCGGCGCCGUGCACUAUCCCAGCCAGGACCCGUCGCGCCUCGGCUCGCUGAAGAAGUGAGGCUGAUGAAUAA